GUUCAACUUGGCGAGGAUGCAAGAUGGCCCUGACUCUUGCUGACAGAAUUGUCGGGGCGAUUAUAGGAGCAGCUGUGGCUGACGCCGCAGCACAGCCCCUACAUUGGAUAUAUGACCCUCAGAAGCUCAGAGCCAUCCUGUCAGAAGAAGAGCCCUGUCCAGAAUUUCGCCCGCAGUCUGCUAACCCUUUUUACCGGCGAGAGACGGGUCAGCAGACAUGCUAUGGUGACCAGGCAUAUGUGCUCCUGGAGUCUCUGUGUGAGUGCGGAGGUCUGAACUUGGACGAUCUGAAGCAGCGUACCUACAAAUUCUUUGGCCCAGGAUCAGAAUAUGACACUCCUGUGAAUGACCCUUACAGGCCUAAAGGAGGUCCAAGAGCUCAGCUGCCCAUCGAGGGACCUUGGAGACAUGCCAGCCUCAAGAGCUUCUUGAAAAAUGUGGACGCGGGCAAGACAGAAACUGGAUGUGACAUAGACAAUCAGAUAGACGGGAUUACAAAGCUGGCUCCGAUCGUGGCCCUGUAUGCUGGGAAGCCCGAGAUGCUGAAGAAAGUUGAGGAUGCCAUCCGUGUCACCCAGAACAAUGACAUGUGUGUAACAGAGACGCUGGCUGCAGCCCGGUUCCUGGAGCGUUACAUCCUGAAUGGUCCCGAUCCAAAUGCCCUGGACACAGUGCUGGAACAGCUCAAUGACCCAAACAGAAAGAACCCCCAAGACCUGGACAGAGCUGUGGUGGGCCACAUUCACCAAGUAAAGCAGAAUUUAUCCAAAACUCCCCAAGAGCUGAUUCCCAGUGUGUUCACGAACACAUGAGGUUUGCCUGGUGCAUUCCAGGCAGCGCUGCACGGGGUCCUGACAGCGAGUGGGUUUGAUCAGGCUGUCCGAGACACCAUGCGCUGCGGGGGCUGCACCAGUAGCAGAGGUUCCUUCAUCGGGGCCUGUUUGGGGGCUCAGAUCGGUCUUCAGGGAAUUCCUGAUUCUUGGAAGAGCAGGACCCUCAGAUAUCCCACUUUGCUUGAGCUUGCAAAGCAAGUUGCCAACUUACGCAAAGCCUAAAUUCCUUACCACGCAUACACACAGACAUACACAAACACACGCACACACACACACACACACACACACACACACACACACCCAUUUCGACUACCUAGUGUUUGACGAAAAUCUUUGAGGACAGUAUUUUUGUUUUGUUUUUCAGUUUAAACCUGCUUGUUUCCAGAACAUCGUGUGGCACGUUUCCUUUGACAAAACCGUAAAUGAAAGUUCCAUCUUAAAGACAGAAGGGUUGGAACUUGAUGUAUCCUGUUCUGUUAAAAGCUUCAGUGUUCCAUUAGAGAUGUGUCUGGUUGUUCAAUGUACCCUGGACCUUAAAUUAAAAUAAA